GGUUUUCUAGAUCCCUGUCCAGGCUCAAAUCCUUGCAUCAGUGUUUUCUGGGGGAUUCCAAACUGACCUAUGUCCAGUCAUAAACUCGGAUGCCUGCCAGGGAGACAGGGCUGGGGCUCACAGAUGGCCCCACUGCCGGGGGCAGAGCUGGUCCAGACACCGCUGCAGCUCUACCGUUACUUGCUGCGUUGUUGCCGGCAGCUGCCAACCAAGGGCAUCCAGGAGCACUACAAGCAUGCUGUCAGACAGAGUUUCCGGGUCCACUCAGAUGAAGACAACCCCGAGAGAAUCUUGCAGAUAAUCAAAAGAGCCAUUGAAGAUGCCGACUGGAUCAUGAACAAGUAUAAAAAACAAAACUGAGAAUCCGGAGCUCGCGGCGUGACUGUCCUGGAGACAUUUGGAACUGAGAAGCCUCCUCCUUUUGAAGCUAAGCAGCAGCAGCAGCAUUUCUAGACUGUUCUUCGACCUUGUUGGCUGAAAGCAAGAAAUCCUAACUGACGUUUGGUCAGGUGGCUCUUGUCACCGCAGCCAUGUCUCCAGCAUCUGUUAUGGCUGCUCUUCCAGCCCGGAAUGAUAUGCAGUUUGAAGAGAACUUGGUGGUUUUUUGCUUC